AUGGCGCUUUGCCAGAACCGAUUACAAGAGGAGAGGAAGCAGUGGCGACGAGACCAUCCUUUUGGUUUCUAUGCCAAGCCACAGCGUACCAAAGAAGGUGUACUCGAUGUCAAAAAUUGGGAAUGCGGAAUCCCUGGCAAAGAGAACACCAUUUGGUCUGGCGGACUCUUCAAGCUGACCAUCGCUUUCCCUGAUGGCAAAUUUGUCCCCCCGCUGUUCCACCCCAAUGUGUACCCUUCAGGAACUGUCUGCCUGUCCAUCCUCAACGAAGAGGAGGCCUGGAAGCCUGCGAUCACCGUCAAACAAAUCCUUCUCGGUAUCCAGGACCUUCUCAACGACCCCAACCCCGAGUCACCUGCGCAAGCAGAGGCAUACAAUCUCUUCAAGAGAGAUCGUGCCGAGUACGAGAAGCGAGUUCGCCGUACGGUUCGCGAGAACCCCACACCUUGA